AUGGCGCAUCUCGUUCAAGAGAUUGCACUCGCUGCCGGAACGAUCUCGCCCGCGGGUGGUGGUAUUCUGGUGCUACUCGCGACUCUCUGCUCCUGGCAUCUCCUGCGCAAAUUCUGGAAGCUCCGUGAUAUCCCCGGCCCGUUCUGGGCAAAAUUGACGGAUCUCUACCGGGCUGGCAUUGUCAAGACAGGACGGUCCCACGAGAUCUUCCAGGCCUACCAUCAAAAGCAUGGGGCCCUCCUGAGGCUUGGCCCCAAUAUGGUGUCGGUGGCCGACCCAGCUGAGAUUCCCGUCAUCUACCCUAUGCGACCAGGCUUUCCAAAGGGCGAAUUCUACGACGCCUUCAUUCCUUACAUCAAGGGCGGUUCCGCACCGCCAGCCAUCUUCACCGCCAGGGACGAGGAGUUGCACAAGAGAAUCAAGAGCCCCGUGGCGCCGCUGUAUUCCCUCAGCAAUGCGGUCAAGAGCGAGCCCUUCAUCGAUGAAGUCCUUGACGUCCUCUUUGAUCAACUUGAUGCCAGAUUUGAGAAGUCCCAGGCAACCUUCGAUCUCGCCGACUGGCUCCAGUUCUUCGCGUUUGAUGUCAUGGGCACCAUGACAUUCUCGCGGAGAUACGGGUUCCUCGAGACAGGGCGUGACGUGCAGGGAAUUCUUGCCACCAUCUGGAAUUUCAUGUUAACCGUUGGGCCGAUGACCCAGGUUCCCUGGCUUGACAAGUUGCUGCAUAAGAACGCCGUGAUGGCAAGUUUCAGAAAGGCCAGCGGGAACGUCAUAUUCCAGAUUGCUGCCGACAACGUGGCUCGUCGAAAAGCCGAAGCAAAUGACGCCCCGCGCGCUACAGAAGGAGCAAAAACAGACUUCCUGGCCGAAUUCCUCAAGAUCCAGGCAGAAAACCCGUCCAUUCCCCAAUGGUCCCCCCUCGUCUGGACCUUCUCCAACGUCAUCGCGGGCUCCGACUCAACAGCCGUCGUCAUGCGAACGACCAUGUACAACCUGCUCGCCCACCCCUCGUCCCUCGCUCGCCUCCACCGAGAGCUCACUGACCCCGCCAUAACCCUCUCCCGACCCUAUCCGCGCUGGGCCGAGGUCGCCAACCUGCCAUACCUGGACGCCUGCGUCAACGAGGCGGUCCGGCUGCACCCGCCCUUCUGCUUGCCGCUGGAGCGUGUCGUGCCGACGGGUGGGGUGACCAUCUGCGGGCGCUUCUUCGAACAGGGGACUGUUGUAGGGAUGAAUCCGUACGUUGUCAACAGGCACCGGGCGACAUUUGGAGACGAUGCGGAUGAUUGGCGACCGGAGAGAUGGCUGGAGGGUGAUGAAGAGCGGAGGAGGAGGAUGGAGGCGGCUAUCAUGACGUUUGGCGCCGGCCGGAGAACUUGUCUGGGCAAGCAUGUCGCCCUGUUGGAAAUCAAGAAGAUUGUCACAGCCUUGGUGCUGAAUUACGAGUUCAAGCUGGUCGACCCGAAGGCUUAUGUGGUGGAAAAUUCAUACUUCUUCCGUCAGAGGGGAAUCAUGGUGCAGAUCAAGAGACACGAACGGUCGUAA